GGUGGAAAUGUCACAGACAUCGAGCACUGGUAGUUCAGAAUUUACAGUUUCACCAGAGAGAAAAAAAGAAAGACAAGCCAGCAAAGAUAGUACCUCUGGAAAAGAUUUGGUAAAUAUUGAAGAUUCAACACAAGUGGAUGUCCCAUUCCCUGAUCCCAUCCCUAGAUUCAUCCAUAUCCCAUGGACCCUUGUCAGCCAAUUCAUUGCCUUCUUAACUAUUAAAGUAACAUUUCUUUCUUACGUAAGAGGUGAGAAAAGUUGGUUGGUAAUUUCUUUUAUGCUCUUUCCAACGACUGCCCAAAUUAAUGAUUUCUCAGGAUUAUGAAUAAUUCAGAAUGUUAUUCCAGCUUCUUUUUUAAAAAAUGGUUUAUAUGGAAAUGAAUUGGUUUUCAAAUUGAAUUCAAUCUGAAUUUUGGGGCAUUUUCUUCAACUGAUGCAGAAUGAGAUUUAUGGUUGUGGUUAAAUAUAGGGUGGUUAUUACUUAAGACAGUUCCUGGUUAUCUAGAUGGAAUAUCAAGUAUACCUUACAAAAUUGACUUGCAUUGGUUACAAUCUAUGACUACCCAGUUGGACAGGUUUUGGUAUAUUCGCCUUUAUAGAGGAGAGGCACUAUGGAAGAUUGUCAUUGAUAUAGCACAACUUUGGAGACAGAGAGCAGUAAGUUUAAGAAAAGUUAGGUUCUCAGCCCUCAAGUUUGUACCCUUUUCACAUUUUCACCCUAAACUGUUAUUUCUGAUUUGUAUUAUGGUAUAGUUUUUUCCAUAUAGGUGUCUCUGAGUGAAUUAUUGCUGUGUUAUCUUCAUUCAAAGCAUAUUUCGUGAAUGUCUGGCCAGUAAUUUUUUGUGUAUAACCUAUUUGAGAUGACUGUUAUGUCUUGAAACAAGGGUGAUUGAGAAAGCUGUGAAGUUGCUUUCUUUUGUGGUGUUAAAGAUUUUAAGUCCUGAUUUAUCUUCUAUGCAAGUCAUCAUGUAGACUUGCCUGGAUAGAGGAGAUUAGAUUGAAUAACUUCUUAAGGCCUCUUUUAGCCUAAUGAGUGAAUGAAUUAUAUAGGGCUUAGAAUUUGAAAAAAACAGUAAACUGUCUUGUACACAAUAAAUAUCAUGACACACAUUAAAGAUUUGUCAGAUUAUUAUAUCUGAAAGUUAAUAUUAAAAUUUCUUUUUGGUCCAAGCCCUCAGAAACCUCAAGUGUAGAGAGAAAAUCAUCUCAACAACAGUGGGGUCGAGGCAACUUUACAGAAGGAAAAGUUCCUCACAUAAGGAUGGACAAUGGAGCUGCUAUUCAGGAAAUCUAUACCUUUGGAAGAAUACUGGGAAAAGGGAGCUUUGGAAUGGUCAUUGAAGCUAUUGACAAGGAGACAGAAACUAAGUGGGCAAUUAAAAGAGUGAGCAAAGAAAAGGCUGGAAGCUCUGCUGUGAAGUUGCUUGAACGGGAAGUGACCAUCCUAAAAAGUGUGAAACACAAACACAUUAUACAUCUAGAACAAGUAUUUGAGACGCCUAAGAAAAUGUACCUUGUGAUGGAGCUUUGUGAGGAUGGAGAACUCAGAGGAAUUCUGAAUAGGAAAGGUCAUUUCUCAGAGAAUGAGACCAGGUGGAUCAUUCGAAGUCUCGCCUCAGCUAUAGCCUAUCUUCACAAUAAGGAUAUAGUACAUAGAGAUCUAAAACUGGAAAACAUAAUGGUUAAAAGCAGCUUUAUUGAUGCUAAUGAUGAAAUGAACUUAAACAUAAAGGUGACUGAUUUUGGUUUAGCGGUGAAGAAGCAAGGAAGGAGUGAAGCCAUGUUGCAGACCACAUGUGGGACACCUAUCUAUAUGGCCCCUGAAGUUAUCAAUGCCCACGACUAUAGCCAGCAGUGUGACAUUUGGAGCAUAGGUGUCAUAAUGUACAUUUUAUUAUGUGGAGAAGCACCCUUUAUGGCAAGCUCAGAAGAGAAGCUUUUUGAGUUAAUAAGAAAGGGAGAACUACAUUUUAAAGGUUCAGUCUGGGAUUCCAUAAGUGAUUCUGCUAAAAGUGUUUUGAAACAACUUAUGAAAGUAGAUCCUGCUCAUAGAAUCACAGCUAAGGAACUACUAGAUAACCAGUGGUUAACGGGCAAUAUACUUUCUUCGGCGAGACCAACCAAUGUGCUAGAAAUGAUGAAAGAAUGGAAAAAUAACCCAGGAAGUGAUGAGGAAAGUACAACAGAUCAAAAGAACAACUGGUCCGGUCAAGAAAAGCUGAAAGGUUACCAACCCAGCAGAAGUAUCCAUGUCAGGAACUCUUCAGAUGAAGAGGAAGGAAAACAGGUCACACUGGGUGAAGAGAUGCUUCCCUUGGCCUCACAGACAAGCUCUGAGGAAGCAAUUUGCAUCUGCUUUUGCCUUUAUAAAGAGCCCGUAAACCAUCUCUCCGGGAUUAGUGAGCCAUCUUUGAGGAGCGUAUUCUGUUCACCUACAGAGAAGCCAGUCUCAGCUGAGUGGAGAUUUACGUUUCCCAGAGGUGCUCCCAGAGGCAGAGGUAGUGUGUGUAGCUGUGAAAAUAUGGAGUUCACAAGUCAGCUGCUGGACCAUUUCUCCACCCCGCCCUUCUCCAGUAUCUCUAGCAUUUGCCAUCACUUACCACUUUAAGAUAAUGCCAUGUGGAGUGAUGCUUUUCCUUGUCAUACAGACAGCUCCCUGCUUCAGGGAGCACAGACUGUUUCUGAAGGCUCGGACCCCUUCUGUGGUAUAGGAUGAGGCAAACAUCUGCUCUGGAAUGAAGCCCAGCAGCUAAGGGUGAUGCCACCUGCCAGCCGCCGCCCAUCUCUGAGUCUGCUGCCAGCGGCUGGUCCCCGGAGGAGAGAGGGAGUUCUUACACAGGAUCCUCAUUGCUGUUUUGGAACUUUGAUAGAAAGGGCUUCUAAUGGAAAAGAUCCCAAAGCCCAUUGAAAUGGGUAAUUUUUUACAAGAGUUGUUUUCCCUCCAGAAGCAGUUACCUGGUUGUAGCUUGACAUCCUUCCUCCCAUCAGUAGAGAACUUAGUCGUUCAGCCACUUGAAUUUUAUAGCAACUUUCAGCUGACUCUUUUUUUAACACAGUCCCUGACCAUGAACCGUUGUUGGGUGCCCCACCCCUGUAUUCAAUCUCAGCAGGGAUGUCUUGCCCGCAGUACACUCUGCUUGCCUGGAGGGGAAGAGCAGUCUGACCACUGCCCACGUCUCCUUUUUCCUCCAUGUUGACCAGCACCACACUCUGCAGCACCAGCACGAAGGACCAGGAGUUGCACAAAGAACUCAGUAGAAUUGGAUUGAGAGACUCAGUCCGUCAUCCAAGAAGUGUUUAUUGACCAUUUACUAUGGGCUGGGCACUGUGACAGGCACUGGACAGAAAAUGAUGUAAAAGACUGUCAAGGUCAUUGCCCUUAACGAGCUUGCAGUCUUGGAAGAGGGAGGGAAAGAUGAUUGAGACCUAUACAAAUAGUAGAAUAGCUGUGUAUUGUGAUUAGAGCAAUAAAGGAAAGAGUAAUGUAAUAGAGAAUAACAGAAUAGAAACCUUAUCUGAGAGCAAUUCUGAGGAUGCUUGAAGGCUAAAGGGAAGAAUGCUUUAGGCAGAAGGAAAGGGGAAAGAGCUUGUUGGGUUCUAGGACUUGGUCCAAAGGCCAGAACAACACGGGUGAGGGAGAGGCAGAGGCCAGGUGCUGCACGACUUCAGGGGCCACGGGAAGGAACCUGUUUAUUCUCAACACAGCAGAAAACCAUCAACAAGUUUUCAGCUGGGGAAUGGCAUCUGAUUAAAGGAUCUCUGUGCCUUCUCUGUAACAAAUGACUCAAGUGGAGCAAGAGGUGGGAGAUUGGUUAGAGGACAUGGAGUAAGAUGGUGGCAGAGAAGAUGGAGAGAAAUAGGUGGAUAUGAAAUAUGUUUUGGAGAUAGAAUUGAUGGGAUCAAAUGAUGAGUAAAUGUGAAGUGUGAAGAAAAGGGGGCAGGGGGUCAAGAAUGACUUCUGGCUUCAGUAACCAGACUGAUGGUGGUUUCACUCACUGAGGAGGACCGAGUCAGGGGUGGCAGUGGACCGAAGAGGGCUAAGCUGAGACGCCAUCAGACCUUGAAGUGGAGAUGGCUGCAUGAGAUGGACUUAAAGUCUGGAGUGGAUCAAGGUGGAUGGAGAGAGGGGAGAGUGGCCUAGAGGAGAGAAAGCAUGUGAAGAGAGACCCAGAGUUAAUCAUGAGUUUUUGCACAAGGGCUUCUGGACACUGGGCAGGGGUCACAGAACCCAGGGCCCAAGGGAGACCCAGGCAUCAAGGCACCAUCUUGGUUACCCAGCAGCCUGUGUCCCUCACUCAGGAACUGGGCAGUGACUGUGCUUUGGCAAGAACAAGGAUGAGAAUGGAAUGGGAUGACAUGAAUGCCAUUUGGAGAAGUAUCCCUAGGGGAUGUGGCCAAACCUCCUUACAGGUUGAUUAGGCGAAUCUGGAUAGUGAUACGUAACACCCUCAAUAGCUAAAUCAUCAUUCGAUAGCCUCGCAUCAGCACUAAAUGAGAAGAUGAUGGACCAGAUACUUUCCUGAAGCCCAAAUUUGCAGAAUCAUGGACUAUCUGCUCUAUUUCUUCUGCCCAACUCUCCCCCAGGGGAGGGAUCCCGACCUGCAGCCUCAGGGGACACGCCCCCUGGGAUGGACGGGCUCCCUAUGUCUCAAGGCAGAUGAAUUCCACCGUGGAAACACACAAGUGCUAGAAGAGUCUUCAUAUUAACUGACACCUGCUCCUUAGUUGCCCCCUGGGAACUAUUUAAAGUCUGUUCCUUCUGCCACGUAACGGCCCCUUAGGGAUUGAAGGUAUCCCCAUAGCCCUGUGAGCCUUCUCUAGUCUAAAUGUCUCCACUUCUCUUGGACGCCUCCUCAGAUGACAUGUGUCUUGGCCCUUCAUUCUGGCUCAUCCAAAAUGAACCCAGGCCUCCAAGUGUGGCUGCCACCCCCAGUCCUCUGGACACGGGGCCCCCAUCCCUGGGGCCCGUCAUGUUCCUAUUAGCAAGGAUUUGUGGGCAGUCUGGUUUGAGUUUACUAGGACAGGCUUUAAUGACGAUGUGUCCCUGAAGCAUUUUAUUUUCCUAUCGAUGUCCUUGUGGCAGACUCUCGGUGACCACGAAAGAGCCCCUUUCCAGCGGGCUGCCAGCAGGGAGCGACAGAGAGUGCACCCGGGUUGAGUCUGCGGCACGGAGCCCAGAGAUUAGCCGGGAAGACAGACUCACUUUCCUCAAGUGUCUGUCUAUUUACCCACUGAGUUAUACGGGGAGGGGAGAAGGCGCAAACUGAAUCGUAAGGCUGCUUGCCCGAGGAUGCGUUAGUGGCUUCCCACUGCUGGGUGGCACUGUGGGGCAGGACAGGCUCGCAGCCUCAGACGGGACCUGUCCCGGGCCCUCCCAACAGGACGAGCACAGGGACACAGGAACAUCUAUGCCUAAGUUAAAUGGCUCUGAGCCGUCCCCCCUGGUACCAGCAGGAACCUGAGUCUUUGUCCGAGGAUUGCCUCCCCAGACCUCCGUGAAAAUUCCUGGGGCUGCUCACGUGUGUUCUUGUUCACGUGCUGCUCUUUGCCUGAAGCAGAGGCUCAGACGUGACCCUCGAAACCAGGGCAUAACUUCUGAGGCCCUUGCCCCUCACUUUUCUCUCCAGGGCUUUUGCUUCCCCAGCUUCUGUGCAGCUCCUGGGGAGCCAGGGGCUGUGGCAGCAGCUGCCCGGCAAGAUGCUAUGUGUCCAAAGUGAUGAGAGCCAGGCCCACAUCGCAGGUGUCCCACCGAGACAUGGUGGGACGGAGCAGCCCAGGCACCUCCUCGUGUAGCCCCUGCUGCGGACUCAGCCUUGUGUGGUGGUGGAUGUGGGUGGUGAUGAGUGCCGAGGUGCCUGGGAUGUGGGAUGGGAGCUGCUGGGCGGGGAGGGGGUGGAGUUUGUGCGAGGAGGGUCACUGUGCACAGAGGGACUCGGUGGGAGGGCCCUCGGAGACCUCUCAGGGCUUCCUCUCUCCCAGGCCUCAGGGCGCCCCAGGUAAUCCUGACACACAACAGCUCCGCUUCCUAUCUGGGCCCCAAAGCGGGUAAUGGGAUUUGCAGGCUAUUUUCAAAUGUCAAGGAACGUCAUGGAGAGAGCAUCUCUGUCUGUGAUGAAUGGCUCUGGCCACACUCAUACCUGAAGUUUUUGGGUGACAAAAGCUUUCAAAACACAGAGUCCAUAAAAGAAAUAAUAAAAGGCAUCUUUGGGGUGAAAAGGAUAGGAUGUGGUCCAGCCCCUCUCUGUACAGCAAGGCUCAGUGAAAGGGCUGCUCGGCCGCCACUGGAUUAGAAGCCAGGCAGGUGUCCCAGUUGGAAGUGGGAGCUGGGAGCUGGGUGGUCUCUCAGGACUCUAUAUUCAGGAUGUCUCCCAUGGGACGAACCUUCCAGAUCCAGGACAGGCAGAGCAGGCAGAGGCUCCAGCAUCUCCUCAGCCAGCAGCUUCCCUCCUCCUUCCCUACGAGGCUGCAGCAGGAGCCUAACCCUCAGGGGGCGGGGCCAGCAGGAGACCCUCAGCUGACCUGGGUUUCUUGGAAUACCCUUUAUCAAUCAUGCAUGGGUCCCCAUCACUGCCUUUGAGGGUUAAGAGAUUUAAAAUGAGAUUGAAUGUUUUUUAGAGAGGAUUUGUGAAGAUUGAGGGGUCUGCAGUGCUCCCACCUUGGCAGCAGGACAACUGCAUCAAUCCAGGGCUGUGGGGUAUUUACUGGUCAUUCUGGGUUAACGAGGACACCAUUUCUACCUUCCAGGUUUUGCUUUGGAUUUGACAUGUUUAAAGGAAAAUGGAGGAUUUUACAGGGUGUGAAAGGGCACAGUCAGGUCACUGAUUUUGAUGAAUGCACCACCUUCCGAGGGAUAUGGGACACCAAGGAGGAGAGAACAGACGCUAGCAGAACAGCUUCAGAUUCUGCCACGGAGGGGCCUUUCCUACCCGGGCAGAGUGUGGGGAACUUCAAGGACUGUAGGAGCCAGUGUGUGGCAGCCAGAAGACGUGAUAUGGCUUAUUUAAAAGAGAUGAAAAGCAAGGGCUGCCAGACAAGGCGUUAGGGCAGACCUCGUCCACUUGCAGAGAUCCCAGCUGAUGACGUAAGCACCCAGGUGGGAGGAAGGAGCUCUCAACUGUGCCUCAACUCCCUGCCUUCUCCUGGCUCGGGCUAAAGGUUUUACAUAACACCCCACAAGCACACACACUCGUGUGCGAUCUCUGACCCUCAUUGCCUCGGGGAACGGGUUUGAGCUGCUCACAUGACAGGCUCAGACACAGAUGACUUCACUGUCUGCCCCACCUGCCCAGGACCCAGGUGCCCGAGACUCAGCCGAGGCUCCUGUUCCCUGGAGCCCUGCCCCAGCUGGGUAUCACUCAGUGAUGCCUGGGUUGGAACCACAACACUGACCCUGCUCAUUCCCCCACGGCCUCUCUGGACACUUUUAUGGGUGGCGGGCUCGGGAAGGAAGCAAGGGGGUGCACGUGUCCUGAUGGAAGUCUGGACAUUUCAGUGGCCCGAGUGCCCAGGCAGUGGACUGUGUUCUCCAAGCUGAAUUUCCCCCCAAGGCUCACCCACCUGCUUCCAUUUUCUAGGCAAAGAGAAUUCUCGAGUAAGUUGCAGACAGCUGGCUGCUGGCAGCGUGUAUGAACUGCAUAUUUACUAUUAAUGAAUAUAAGCUUAAACAGAUUAUAAAACAAUUCUCUGUGAACUUGAAAAUCAUGCAGUAGUUCUAUUAUUCUUACCUUGAUGGUGCACUGCUAGUUAUUCAACUAAUACAGAUUCUAGGGGUUCAUUACCAGUAAUGAGUUUCUUUCUGUGCUGCAAUGUGGGGAGGGAUGGUGAGUAACAUGUACCUCCAAGGUAGGAACAGGACGGAAAUGUUCCAUGUUUGCACCAACGUGAAUGCCCACCUCCAGCCCUCAGCAGUGGGAAGUUUUAUGCCGGGAACCCUGUUUUUGCAACUAUGUAUCCCUACACAUUGCAGGGUUAACCAACAAGCAACUGAGUGGAUAAUGAUGAAGCUAAAUUAAUAGUAGCCUGUAGCUAAUUAAAACCACAACCACUCAGGAAAGCUCGGACCCUGCAAGUGCACUCAGGUGCCGCGGACUCUCAGGGGGGCUGGGCGUCAGGAUCUUCCACAGACUCUGGAAACACACUAAGAAAUUUCAUUUAGGCUACGUGGUGGGGAAGAUGUUAUUCGUUGAAAGUCCUCCACUUGUUUGCAAAACACUGCUUGGUGGGUCCUUGACUAGAAGAAGAGAGCGACAGGCCUGAAUCAGAGGGAAGUGUUGAGGGAGAUAUGGGGUCGGGGAGGCGCGCCCAUCGCUCUGAGAGAGGAAGUGAGAGGUGCACGAGAUGGUCGAAACCCUCCAUUUGUAACAUGACCUCUGCGUCAACAUCCCUGUUAUGGACUGAAUUUUAUCCCCCCUCCCAGUUCAUAUAUUGAAGCCCCAAUCCCUAAUGU